GUCGCACACAGCCGCAGCAGCAGCAGGCAUCCGCUCGGUGUUAUUCCGGGAUCCUUUUGUUUCAGAGCUCCGGCAUUAUUGGUGGUCCCACCAAGGAGGUGCUGGGUUUUUUGACUUCCCACCAGGACAGGGGGCAGGGGGUUGUACACGGCUCGACGGGGCUGGCCGGCUUGCUGGCUGCUAGGAGGAGGAGGAGGUCCUGCAGCAGGAUUCUGUGUGAUUUAGUCACGAGAUAAGGACCCAGCUUUUUAUUUACACAAACAGGAAAGACGCACUUCCCACACACCCCCCCUCCACUCCCCCACGCCACGCCGUUGAUCCACGGACGACAUCGGGGCAGGCUUCUAAGGCGCGACUCUUAAAUUCGCCAGACGCAGGACGGAUCGGACAGUGGUGGGGAACUUGUAGGGAGCAGCCGGGGUUGCCUGGGCAGGUCGCGGUUUGUUCACCAGCGCUUUGAUCGUGGCCGAGACACAGGUAGCCAGCGAGCAGGGAGAGCGCGUUACAACAGCAAGAACAACGAUUGCAUGCGGCGAGGGAGACGAACGGCGACAUUAAUGCCUGGCCAACUGCAGAUAUUCGUGUCCCAGAAAUUGCCCAGUUUUGGAAAGGCGGAGAAGUGUGUCAAGAUGGCUUUGGGAGGACCGCGCAAUUACAAGCCCGUGUCUCGACAGGACCUGCUGUACGAGGAGGUGGUCUACUCCACCAUCCACCAGCUGAACGUGUCGCAGACCGACGCCUCUCACCUCCUGGGCUUCCUCCAGCAGGUGUUCGGUAAGAGCCCGUCGGAGCACUUGGCCCUGGUGCAGCGUGUGCGAGAGAUGGCAAAGCCGCCCGUCCACAUGCUGAAGGUCACCGUGUUUGAGGCCACUGACCUGACGCCCAAAAAUUUGGACGGCUCCAGCAAUCCGUACUGCACCGUGGGCCUGGCGCUGGGCGCCGACGCCGAGCGCUGCAACCGCGAGUUCUCCUCCUCGGAGUCGCUCCUCGAGAGGCUCCCGGACCGGACAGACACGCUGCUCCAGACGCUCAACCCCGUGUGGGACGCCGUCUUUCACAUGAGGAUCGAUGAUGUGAAGACCGAUGUCCUGACGUUGUGCGUGUGGAACGAGCACAACGACUCCUCCCUCAUGCAGGACAUCUCCAAGAUCUCCUCGUGGCAGGGCGCCAAGACAUUGAGCAAGAAAGUUGUCAAGAAGCUGAAGCGGUUGAGUUUCACCGAGGGACUCAUAAAGCCAAAGCAAGAGGCCGACUUCCUGGGCCUUCUCAACCUCCCCGUGCGGGACCUCGGCGCCCCGUACCACGCUGGCACCUACCGGCUGCUGCCACGCUCCAGCCGCUCCCACGUGACGGGAGAGUGCCGGCUGCACAGCGCCUUCCUCACCUGCCAGAGGGACAGCGCGCUGAGCCGGGAAGGGCUCGAGAGGGGCGCGUACGAGCACCUGCUCAACGAGUUCGUGGAGUACGAGCACAGCCUCACGAGUGGGCUGUGGUCGGGUGAGCUGGGAGAAGAUGCCAUGGCAGUGCUUUCCCAACAUGCAACGCAGGUUGACCUUUCACCCCUGGAGCAGGCCAUCAUGUGGUGGUUUGUAUACAGCGACCACCACAGCAGCAGCCCAAUGUUGCCCGAUUGCUUGAUGCAGCUGCUCAAAAGCCUGGAGGAGAAGUGGACGCUGUCGGAACAAGGUCGCAGCAGGCUGCUACCGGACCAGGGACCGCGGCUUCAAGACAGCUUCGCCAAGCUCAUCUCGCAGAACCUGUCUGCGCUCAGCGAGCUGCACGCCAACUUCCCCCUCACGGACCCCUCGUCUCUGCCAAGUCUGCGCGACCUCCUGAGGUUCCUGAUACAUCUGUUUGGAUCUCCGCUGUAUGAAAAGGAGCCCAGACAGCUUGGAGAGCCACACGGAGAGCUACAGGCCACAGUGGGGACAGCCCUGGAGGAAGCGUCUGAACUCUGGUACAACAAGAAGAAAGAGCCGUUCCAUGCACUGGAGGGAGCCCAGGAGCAGGUGCUGGCCUACAGUCGGCUGUGCGAGAUCAUCUGGACAGAGCUCAAGGAGAAUGUGCCAAAGUACAGCCACGCCUUCGUCAGUUUGGUGGACGUCAGCUUUCAGAGCAUCUGGUACCAGAAAAUGGAGAAGAUGCUUGCGUGGGACGUGCAGACCAUGCUGGGCCAGCUGAGCUCCUCGGAGGACUACCGGCUCGACGGGGAGACGGGAGAGAUGCUGCACAUCUUCCACACGUCGCUGCAUCAGCUUGCCCAGAACGCUGAGAAGCUCGGCCUUCGGGCAAAGAUCCCACCACUCCUAAACGCACAGCAGUGGCUCGGAGAGGCGGUGAGCACAUGGGUCGGCAUGGCUUAUGAGAACAUGAGUUCCUCCAUCCAGUCAAGCGUGCAGAAAGACAAGCUGGAGGCAGAGUCGUGCUCCGUGAAGCACAGCCUCUCGGCGGGGCUGGCCACGUCGUGGUUCACCAACGCCCUCGCCUUCUGGCUGCAGCUCGCCUGGCCCGAGCCGGCACAAAGCCUGCGCAUGCUCGACUCGCUGCUGCAGGACCUGUGCAACGGGGCCGUGUUUUACGUGGCGCAAAUGCGGCAGAAGCUGGAGAACGACUACUGCUACUUCAGCGCCGAGACGAGCAUCCCCCUGCCCAAGCAGGUGUGCACGGGGCUGAACAGCGCGGCGUUUGUGCGCGAGUCGCUGUCGCGGCUGCCGCAGCAGCGCGAGUGGCGCGAGGCGGAGCGCGUCGUGCGUGACCUGUGGCGCGACACCGGCUCCGACCGCUACCACUCGGGCAGCGGGUCGGCGCGCACCAGCGGCGACGCGCUCACCUCGCGCCUCGGCGUGGCCAACCAGACCAUCCUGUCGCUGCUCGACAAGCUCUUCAACUGGAUCUCAGACCUGCUUUUACUGGACUUCAGAGUGUAUCUGCAAAACAGCGCCAAGCUACAGACCGUGAAUACACAUGAUGUUGCUUUGCUGCUGGAUUUUCUCAGAGAGAACAUCUCCGUCCUGUGCCAGCACCUCUACGAGGACACACGCAAUGGGCUUCUGCAGGCUCUCUGGGCCUGCUCCCUGCGCCAGUUCUGGGAGGUGGUGAACGUCAGCCAGAAGCAUCCGCUCGAGUACUACGGCCGGCUUCACCAGAUGCUGCAGGUUUUGUUGGAUGUGUUUUAUUCUGACUCUCAGGGCCUUUCACUAAACUCCUUGAAAAAUGCAGAGUACAAGUCUCUUGAGAACCAGCUCUAUUUGAGGAAGUCCAACACCCUGGAGCUGAUUGAAAGAUAUUACCAGGAGAGGGCCGAGGAGCAGCAGCAGGCAGCGGACAGCGCCGGGAACGGGCACGGGAAGUUGAAGACCGGCUGCUCGUACGACGACAAGAGUCAGAUGCUCACCGUGGACCUGACGGACGCGUUGGCCAACGCCCCGUCGUGGGCCAAUGGUGGGCUGCCCUCGCUGCUCUGCUGGCCUGGCAAGAGCAGCGUGAAGCACUACGUGAAGGUGCUGCUGUGCCCCCGCCACAUCUUCCCGCACGCGCACCCACGCAGGACCCAGCGCAAGAUGCACACGUCUCCGAUCCAGUUCGAAGAGAGUUUCAAACUAAACGUGACGAUGGAGCAAGCGCGAGCACCCGGGGCCUGCCUGGUGCUGCGUCUGAAGGCCCAGUGCGGCCUUCACAAGGGCCUGCUAGGCGAGGCUGUCCUUGGCUUGCGCAGCGUCGCCGGCCUGGAGGCUCCAGCUCCCGAGAGUCUGCAUUCCGCACGCAGCCAGCUCCUGCUGCCCCUCCUGCGCCCAAAGACGCAAGAGAGCGACGCCGUGAAGUUCCUGCAAAGAAGAUGCUCUGAGAAGGAAGGUAAACAGUUUCUGAAAAAGCUCCGGAAGGCGGAGAAGAGAAUACUCUUCUCAACAGAGGACCUGUAGAGGCAACUUGAGAACGUUACAACGUUGGACGAGGUGUUUUGUGUACAAUUGUUAUUGUAAUUAUUUGCGCAGGAGUUGACGUGAAAAAAAAUAUAUAUAAUACUGCUUGAGUAGACAAAUAUUGAUGUGAAUUAAAGAGCGUCGGUUCCUUUUCUUCACAACAGAUUUGUUCGCAGCACUGUUCUUAAAUAGUUUCCAACACACGGACGGACCCGAGAGCAUGCUCAUUGAGGUGUUUCAGAAGCUCCAAACUCAUCGUUCAAGCUGGGCUCAGGAUUACUUUGUGUGUUCGCAUUGAGCAUGAGUGUCAUUUCCACGAGUUAACUUGGGGUUAACAAUGUAAUGCCCCCAAAAAUGCACGGGAACUAGAUUGUUAUCACAUUUCACACGGUGAGGAUGUAAUCGCAGGAACUCACAUUGUCACCAAAAUGCACUAGGAAUUGAUAGCUCUACAAAUGUAAACAUCUUACAGGUUGAUUUUAACGAUUGAUUAAACGAAUUGUUUAUGUAACGAUACGGGUUUCAGGACCCAUAAGAAAGAAUAUUUUUUUAAAAAUCAUCCAAAAAAAGUUAUUAUGAGUGAGAUGUUUCUUAAAAUUCAAACCGGAAAAUGUGAACUAGUAAGUUAGAAAUUGAAAACUGUACAAGUUAUUUUUAUUUGUAUUACUUUCGUUAAGCAUGCAUGUAUCAAAACAUCUACGCAAUAAUAAUUAUCUAUUAAUGAAAAUUGAUAUCCCAAUGUUCCAUUUAUGCUAAUGAAGUAACACAAGCUGUACAAGUAAGACAAUAAGACAAGAGAUUGCACACUUUAAAUGGUGAAAACGAGACAAACAAUUGAUUACUAAUUAUUUCAAUAUGAUAUCGUACAUUGCACCGUAAUCUGGAUCAGGAUGAAUUAAAAAAAGACCAGAAUUAAGUUAAAAACAACUCCGCAUUUGCUUUCUUAGUGGUAGCUAAAUAUAUCGUAGUGCAAAAAUCAAAGCUUUGGAUCACAUUGUAGGAAUUUUUCCACAUUCCGUACCAUGAUUCACCUCCGCUACGUUCACCAAUCUGAACUCUUCAAAUGGAAAUUGAGAGAGGUGGUAGCUUGGGCAGGCCUUCAUCCAGCGGUGGAUCGACCAUGACUGCUGCCGCUUUGUGGCUUAUGACUGCUAAACAUCGUCCCAUGUAAAGAUUAUAAAACAACGCAUUACAUAUGAAACACAAGAAUAGAUUUUAACCUUUCUGGCAAUAAAACAGAUACCAAGAUGUUCAAACACCAAAUAUAAACCUUUUGCAAGGAAUCAAGUCUGCAUUAACCACACACAGUACUUGUGGUGAAUUACAUAACUGACAACUGACAUAUUCAAUUUAUUGUUUUAUAUUUUUAUUAUUUUAUUGUUUCCCUUCUACGUGACUUUACCGAAAGAACCAAGAAUAUUAAUCCUUGCAGUCACGAGAGCUUUAAAUCAAAAUUUGACAACUGACACUUACGUAAUUGAUUUUUUGGCAGUCCAAAACAAUUACCUUCAAAUUAACUUAAUUGGUAUUAUGCAUCGCACUAUCGUCCCACUGCUGUGAAAAAGGGACCCUGAAAAAGGGACCUGAAAAAGAAAGACUCGAUGUGCCUCACUCAGGCCUUCUUGGGUGGACAAACAUUGUCGUCGUAGUAAAUGAUAAUAAUCGCUCCUCCGAUUGUAUCAUGGUUGGCUAUGUACGGUCCGAAAGAAACUUCAACAUACAACGACAAUCGCCAUUCGCCACUAAGUGGCGGUGACGUCACCACGGCGCUUGUGCCAGGCUACGUGCACUUUAAGGCGACGUGAAGUGUCGGAACUCCUGCUGGCAGGAGAACAUGGGGACAGACCCGGGUGCCAUGGGUUGACUGAGAUGACUGGCAUACAUUUACAUACAAUAACGGGAGAGGCGUGCAACACGUAUUGAUAUAUAACGACACAAAAACAAGCUCCCUUAAAAACUUGUAAGUAAGGUCUACAACACCUGUACUUUCACAGGACGCCCGUGUAAUAGAGCCUAACAGCUUAUUGGGCCAUUCCUGCUGAAAUAAAUCAAAUCUAUCGGUCUAAAAACGCAGUGUUUCGCAGCGUGUAAAUUGGGCUGCCACCUUAACGCUUCGCUAUAUCACGGUUUGUGUGAUGGACUUCAUUUGUGACUCGUGAAUGUCAAGCGAUGGAUCGUGUUGUGAAGAGUACAAUAUCCCGUAUCAUGUUCCAACGAGCUAGCCACCGCCUACAACAACAACAAUACCAAAACCGUUCAUUAUUUCACCCGUAAAGCGGCCUGCUAGGUGGAGACAUUUUAAAGGCUAAUAAAGUGUAUAAACAACUCGGAUUUAUGUACAUAGUAUUUGUUAUAUUUCGUAAAGCAUUUGUGAAGGAUGUACAUAACAUUACGAAUACUAUUUUUUGAUAAAAUGUAUAAUUGUAUGUUACAUUAAUAUAAAGUAUCUUUAUAUAGUACAGCACUGAUGUAGUAGCGCAUAUUCGCUGCAUGACGCUUAGGUAAUGAAGAGAAGGUUUUUUGGGGGGGUUUUCUUUUUGAAAGUCCAGUGUUUUUGGUGUGGUUUGAAUAAAUUAAUGUAAUAAGGUGAA